UCUUUGCCACCAAAGUGAGAGGGAGAAGGAAAGAGGACAGACGCGAUGCGAUUCGGUCCUUGAUCGAUUGGAAGAAGAGGAAGGAGAAAAAGAGCUAAAACUUCCUUUUUCGAGGUUGCCUGUACGACUCAGCCCCUCCUCUUCGCCUUGGCAAACAACGCCCACCUUUCACUUUUUUUCUCUCUUUCUCACACACAUCCAGACAUCUCAUCGUACUCAUCUCACUUCAAACACCAACCCCCACCUGCUCUCCUGCCUGACUCCACUCCACACUUACUCUGUCACCCUUCCUUUUGUAUAUCGCCUUCACUUCUCUCAGCUGGUAUGCCCCCUACCGCCGACCCGCUUUGGGAGGGGCUUUCUAGCUUUGGGUCAGGUCUUAAACACCUCUGGGAGGCCUUCCGCUACAAGCACGGCAGAAAUACCAAAAGGACUGCCCUUAGCCUCGCCGUCCGCUGUCUUAUCAUCCAGACGAUCGUCAAUGGCCUGACUUACAUCUUCCCGAGGUGCUACAGGAUUGUCAACCAGCUCUUUUUUCCCAUAAUCCUCCUCUAUCGCUACGUCCACCCGGAACCAUGGGACAACCUCUUCAUAGCCACAGUACGAGCCCUUGGCUGCUCAGAACGAUCCGACGUUCUUGCGAAACCAAAGCCUCAGAGAUUCUCUCAAGCACGACAAUACUGCGCUCGGUUGUUCAAGGUCAUGAUCGGCAUGCAUGUCAUCGAUUUCCUCGUCACUCGCUCAGGUAUCCUUUAUCUCCCAAGUGCCGGCUUAGGCCUGGUCGCCGUGGACCAGAUCCUGCAAUACAGGGGCAUAAAAAGCUCGCUUUGGAAAAUUGCUGUUCUCUCACUCUUCACUGGACCCCGCUGGCCCGUACUGGUGGUUCAAACACUCCUGUUGCAGCAACUCCUUAUGUACGAACUACUGCAACCAUAUCUCGCGCGAGUGAACUUCAAGGGAUGGGAGGAGCGUGUUUGGAUGUCACAGUACGAACUCGAGCUGCAAGGAUUCGCAAUCGGAGCAUGGUAUCUGUGCAGCAUUCCCUGGAUCGGCGUUGCGCUUAUCCCACUCAUGUUUCCAGCAGUCGCGUUCCUCCUCACUCGAUCGUGCGGAUUCAUGGAGAACACAAGAAAUGGAGCUGGAGACGACAUGAUCGAGCGACGGUAUCCAGGCGUCAAAACUGUGGCUCUCGGAAAGAGCAAAUCUGUCAGUGGAGACUGGGAGGAAACCAAGGUUAAUACUUUUGUCCGCGGCACCGACACCAAAGCUUUCAAGCCGGAGAAACACAACACGAAAAAUUCAGCUACAUACAUUUUGGAUUGUGGUCACGACGAGCCCGUGGAGAAAUGUCAGAUUCAAAAGGACAAGGAGGCCUCACAAGUUCUCCGGAUGGGGCGAUACAGGGAUGUGGAAGAGCGGAUAAAACAUAUGAGAAUACAUCCCUCUUCACCGUCAAAUGGUUGGGAUCCACGCCUGUCCUUUGGAUCUCCAUCCACGCGACAUAGCCCGUUUUCAGGCUCGCAACUCAGUACGGAACAAACGUCAACUUUGACACCGAGCAUUACCACCACACCACAGGAGGACCUUACAAAAUACAACUUUAGCGACCGGAAAACAUUUGAUUCGGCGCCAUCAGCACCAUCGGAGCAGGCGGUUAUUGAGACAGAAACCGCUGUUGGACAAGGAGACGUUUUUCGAGAAACACCUUAUACAGAUGUGGAUUCUGAUUCAGUCGAUUUCUCAGCAGCACACAAGGCUAAUAUGCAAGAACAUGACAUGCAGGCGAAGGAGGCAAAGCGACAAGCAAAGGAAGCAAAACGACAAGCCAUCGAAGCAAAACAGAGAGCAAUGGAAAUGAAGCGAAGAGCGAUUGAACAAAAGCGCACUGCCAAGGCAAUGGGGAAAAAAGAAAUGAGACGAGCCUCUAGCAUAAGAAAGGGCGACCCUGAAGCGUCAAAGGAGAAGCAAGAGGCAAGGGAGACAGGAGAAACACAAGAGAAACAAGAGGAAGAGGAAGAAGCACAGGAGGAGGAGGAAGAAGUGCAAGAGGAGGAGUGGAAUGAUUACUAUAGACCCACGAAUGAGCAUGGAGCCAGACCCUUCGAUACCUCUAGAGGUCGAGGUCGAGGUCGAGGGGGACCAUGGGGCUGGCACGGAGUUCGAGGCGGACGGGGCGGAUGGGAUGUUACGAGAGGCGUGAAUCGCGGACGAAGACGCCAUCAUGAAGGAAGUACAGGAGAAGUUAUGGAUGUAACUACAGAACAGACGAGUCUCUCAACAAUCAUCUCUCAAGGUGUGCAGAGUAUUGAGGCGUAUAUGGGUGAACUGCUGCUGGACGUAGGCACUCAAGUAGCAGAGAAAUUACGGGCAGCUGUGGUGGACCCAGACAACCCACAGCGCUUCCAGAUUCAUCUUGGGGAAUUUGAACGAGAUGUGGUUCUGUAAAGACCUUACAUAUGUAAAAAAAACAUGCACGCACACCUAUAUUAUUAUGCAUAUAUGAAAAUGUAACACCAGAAACGCAUCGAUGUCUAUCUUC